ACCACACUGCGGUUGCCUUCACUAGGAAACUGCUGGAAGAAUGCUGUGACCCUGGGCAGCUCUUUGCUAUGACAAAGCUGAACUCCCCGAUGGGAAAGAAUCUCUGGUUUGAUGGGGAAUUUUUAUAUUCUGUCACUAUUGACAAUGCAACUUACUCUCUUUUCCCACAGGCUACUCCCUUCCAGCUGCCACUGAAGAAAUGCUCCGUGGUGGGAAACGGUGGGAUCCUGAAAAAGAGCAGCUGCGGCAAACAAAUAGAUCAAGCAGAUUUUGUCAUGCGGUGCAAUCUUCCUCCUCUAUCCAGUGAAUACAGCAAGGAUGUUGGAUCAAAAACCCAGCUGGUGACUGCAAAUCCCAGUAUAAUUCAGAAAAGGUUCCAAAAUCUGCUGUGGUCUCGAAAAGCAUUUGUGGACAGCGUGAAGGUGUAUAACCACAGCUACAUCUACAUGCCAGCCUUCUCGAUGAAGACGGGGACAGGACCCUCCCUACGUGUCUAUUACACCCUGGAGGACUUCGGUGCCAAACAGGCGGUCCUUUUUGCCAACCCCAAUUUCCUGCGUGACAUUGGCAAGUUCUGGAAGAGCAAAGGUAUCCAUGCCAAACGCCUUUCCACAGGACUUUUCCUAGUCAGUGCCGCCCUUGGUCUGUGUGAAGAAGUAACAAUUUAUGGCUUCUGGCCGUUCUCGGUGGACCUGCAUGGGAAGUUUAUUAGCCAUCAUUACUAUGACAAUGUCUUGCCUGAUUCCGGAUUCCAUGCCAUGCCGGAGGAAUUUCUACAGCUCUGGUUUCUUCAUAAAAGUGGUGUACUGAGAAUGCAGCUAGAACCAUGCCUCUCAAAACACAAAUAUGAAAUGGACUAACCAGCUAUUAUCCUGAGUCAUCAUCUCCUUCAUAAAAUUAUAUGGUGAGAUUUCUGUUAUUUGAUACUUCCUAGUAAGCAAAAUUCAUCAGAUCUUGUCCAGAAAUGCCUGUUUCUGGUUCCAUGGCUGUUUGGGGGAUGGGGCUGUCCUGGUGUGCUGUGUCCUCCCUAAUGGGACCUGCUCCUAAUGUCAUGUCAUCAUCUUCCUCUGGGAUGAUCUGGACUUGUAUUUGUGCCCCAAGAAGUCAUCCUAAAGAACAUUUCUGCUCUAUCCUUCCUGAUGACCAUCCUCCUUGGGGUUAAAGUGAGAUUUUAAAAGUCAAACAUAAGGUAGUUAAUAUACAUUGUCAUUUUGAACCAUUUCUUCUGAAAUGUUGAUAAAUCAAACAAGAGUAGGUUCCAAAUUGAAAAUACGACUUCAGUUAGGUGUUGAUAGUUUCAUCAUUGGAGAAUGGAAAAAAGAUGGAAGAAGGCUGUGUUUUACAAAGCAAUUGUUGUAAAAUUGCUUCUCUUUCCUUGAAUUCCAGGAUUUUGUCACUUGGAAUCUAUCAGAUGUUUGAGGCUUUGGUAGUUUUUGAACAGAACAAUUAAAAGAUUUACUGUCCUUUUUGCUCAAUGUUAGCAAACUCAUUUUCUUAAGUGUAACACAAAUACCCAACAGAAGGCUUAACCUAUUCUCCUUAGCUGGUAUUUCUUUGACAGCAAUGAGAACUUAAACAGCUAGUUUUUCCUCCCUGAUUAUUCAUUUUCUUCAGUUUUUAUUACAAUAGGCUAAGCCCUAGUGUAUUCAGCCUCUUCAGCUUAAUGCAUAUACUUAAAAAUUAAUCUCACUCUGUUUUUCCAGCUGUAAAAAAAAAAAAGAAGUUGUUAAUUGAAAAUGGUUGCGUAGGUUCUCUCUACAGUCAGGAGAGACAGGCACCUCCAGUUGGUGAUUCAUGCUUUAUCUGAACACGGGCUGCAUUCAGAGGUCUCUGCAGGACUUUGAAAACACCCUAGCUUUGUCUGCAGGGCUAAGCUGUGCAGGGCAGAGCACAGCCUUAAGUGUUUUCCCUAGUUCUGUAUAGUUUGCUUGUGAGCGUACUGCUGUGGCUUUGUCAGGCACCCACCAGUGCUGCCCUAACCAGUGCUCAGGCACUGCAUGGAGCAGGGGGUGCAGCAGUGACCCACUCCCAGUAGUCCAUGUGGAUGAUGCUGGCCCAGUUCGAGCAGUUCAGCUGUGUGUGGAGUUCAGCCAACCCUGACAUGCCGCUUGCACUUAGGGACAGCAAGUAGUCCUCAACCAUGUGAAGGCAGUGGGGUACAUUCAGGGCAGCAGGUACAUUCAGAGCAGUAGCAUAUAAGGGUAAGGCUGUUGACUGCUGCUGGGACUUGGCAUUCACCGGAGUGGCUCCGUUCAGAUCUGCCAUGGGUACAAUUCAGCAAGUGCUGUUAGAGACCAGGUCCUAGAUAAUUACCUGUGGCAAGGUUAGACCUCCCCUACUUCACAGUCAGAAGUGCUGGGCUUAGUGGAAAUUAUGGCAGCUCAUCCCUUUGGAGACCAGGCUGCUUCUUCCUCUGAAACACUUUUGAUCCCUGGCAAGUCUCAGAAGGGCCUAUUAACUCUGCAUCUUAAAAUAAUCUACAUGUACUCCUUGUUGCUAUUGAGUUGGUCAGCUUUCUGUUGAGCUGAAUAUUUAUCCUGCUUGGGUCUCUCUAAGGCAAGUGAACCUUUAGCACUCAGACCACCUGGAAUUUGCUGUCUUACUUGGUGUCUUCACCUUCCGAGUUAAACCCUUUUUUUCUUUUAGACUAGAUUUAACUAUUCUGAGUGAAUCCAAAGUGAGUAUAAGAAGGCAAGACCACAAGUAAUUGUUCUCUGAGUUUAUGAAUAAACUGGUGUUCAAUAAAACACUGAAGUGCCUUUUCAGUAGUUCCUGUUGAUUUCUAAUUGCAUAUUCAAUUAAUUGUUUUGCUCAGAUGGGGCCCAUAGUAAAGAUGAGUUGCAUCAUUUUCCGUUUAUUGGAAGGGAGCGAUUACAGAUGCAUAAUAUAUUUUAAGCUAAAUUCUUACUGGGAAACUAGAGAAUCUACAUAUUCUGUGAGCAGCUUUGUUACAGUGAUUAACUUGGUAGUAAAGGAAAUAUUUUCACUGAAAAUAGAUGCAGAGAGGAAAAGAGAUUUUGAUUAGAACAGUAUAAUCUGGAGCACUGAGACCCAGAUUUGAGUCCCUGCUCAGAUGUCUUCAACCAGGAUCUUGGUGUGCUGUGAGAGUGCUGUAAUCACAACUUCUUUUUUUUCUCUGCAUGUAUUAAUUUUUGUAGAAAAUGCUUGAACACUUUUUUUCUAAUCCCUACAUGUGCUGAAAAUAAACACUUAUUUUUUCAAGAACACAUUUUCUUUUCAGAUAUCCAUAGCUUUUAGUAUAUGGAGCAAAACUGACAGAUGUCUGGUUUUCAGGAGUGAACAGAGGAACUUUCCUCUGUUUUGGAGUAGUCUGGCAGGGCUCCUGCAAACAUGAGUUGAUUGCUACCUCUUGAGCUGUAGAGUUUCAGCAGAUGAUACACGGGGUGCUGCACAGACAAUAAUAAAAAAGGGUACUUUAGCCUCACCUCUGCCUGUUUGAUGUCUCCCAUAUGCUUAGUGGUGUUUCUUGGUUCUGCAAGGGCUCUUCAAGCAUGGUCUUUGAUCCUGAAGAUCAUACGUUGAAUAAUUUUAAAAGACUGGACUUUGAAUGUACUGAAAAAUGAAAUGAGCAUUGAAAUGACUGGAAAUACGUCCUUUAGUGUGUCAUUUGGUCACGCUGCAUGGUUUGGCCUGUUAGAAAAGAGACCUUUUCAUAUCCAGUAUCCAUAUCUGAGUAUGAGACUUGAAUAUAUGAUGAUGUCACUGGAAGGUGAAUGGCUGAUGCUGCAUAAGGCAAGGACUUGGAAAACACACUGGUUUUAUUUAUAUCAAUAAUGAAAUCCCCAUUGAGCCAAUAUUGGAUUAGGUCAGCAUUCAGUGCUCUUGAAACUCCCAUCCCAUAAGCAUUUCCAAGAAUUGUUCCAUGCACAGGCAGAAACAGUAGAUUUUUCUUUUGUUACUGCUCUUCACCUUGCAUUGAAAAUGGAAUGAAGUGUUGAUCAGAACUCUUAUUUACCCUUUUUAGAGGUCUCUGUAGACUACCUAAAUAAUACAUAGGCACAAAAUUAUAUAAAUAUAAACAAAAUAGCUGAUUGCCUGAAGUUUAUAGCUCAAGCACUGAUUAGUAUCUUGAAGAGUUACUUUAAAACCAUUUAGUGGAAAAAGAAAGAUGAAAUUUUAUAUGUAAAAAAGAUGCCUUUUUUUUUUUUUUUUCCUCCUAAAAUACACUCAUAACUGAACAGACUCUGUUAGACAUAUGUGAGUGCUUCCCCUGGUUUUCAAGUUAUUCUGCACUUCUAGCUUUGUAUUCAAGUCUGUACUUCUGCAAAGCUUUCAAUUUUAGACUACUCUGUUUGGUGUCCUUAGAUAAAAAAUUAAAUGUUAGUCUCCCCAUGUAGUCAAAAAAGGAAGAAGAACAAUCUCAGGACAGAGGUUCAGAUCUUAUGAAGUCUGUUACUGUUUAUGUGCUGCCAUUUAUUCUUGGUGUCUAAAGAACUAGACAAAGAUCAGAAAGUAGAUAAAUACACAAGAUGAUACAGUCUUGUAAAGAUAAAGGAAUGCAAGCAUGUUAUUUAAAUGCUUGGCUGAAUUGGGAUCUAAAGUUAUUAACAGAUGUUUGGUCUUCAUUCUUCGCUUCUCUGUCCCUCAGUUCUUGUUGUACUGGUGUGAAACCUGCUGCGUUCACAAGUUAAUGAAAAUCUCUGCACUACAGUGAACUUUCCUCUGGGUUCUAAACCUAAAACUGUAACAGAGAGACAUAAUCCACUUCAGGUUUAUUAAUACAAACUGCAGGCAAGCUUGUAUGCCAUAUUUCAUGUCUUCCUAGUACUAAUUACUAUUUAACUCAUAAUUAAAAUUAAGGCUUUAUUAUUUCUGAUAUCGGUUACCCCAGAAUGUUUGAAAUCUUUCUUGCUGCAGUGAUUUCUGUUAGGUGAAUGGAGGUUAUGUUUAGCUUAGAUGUUUUGAAAGUUAGUUAACUCAUACUUGGGAAGCAAAGUGAAAAAAACAGGAAUUUUGUGAAAUAUAAAGUUUUAUCUGUUUUGAACAGUGAAAACAAGCAAACAGAUAAACCUUAAUAUCUGACUGAAUUUGUGCUUCUGUGUUAAAAUCUACCCUCAUUGUUAAUAGGUACAAUAAGGAUGUUACCUUCAGAUAACUUAGACAUUAUAGGAAAGUGAAAAGCCAUACAUUUAAUGAGAAAAGAAGGUUUUCUUCUCUCUGCCCUGCCCUUCAGUUUAUAAGCCAAAUUCUCUGCUCUCUUUUACUGUUUUGACUCCUGUCAAAUCAAUAGAAUUGUCUUGAUUUUAACCAGCUGUCCAUUCUCAAAUUUGAGGGAGUUCAUCCUCUGAAU